CCCAGAGUGAGAGUAGGGGUGUGUGUGUCCCAGAGUGAGAGUGAAAGGGGGGUGUGUGGGGGUGAUGUCUGAGGAGGGUCAGCAGCAGCAGCAGGCUAUCAGCCUGACUGAGAACCUGCUGUGUGCCAUCUGCAUGAACCUGCUGUCCGAUGCCAGGACCCUGGACUGCGGGCACACUUACUGCCGGGACUGCAUCACAGCUUACUGGGACAGUGCGUCCACCGCGGUACCCUCCUGCCCGGAGUGCCGCCAGCCCAUCCCUGACCGCAGCACCAGGCCGGUGCAUGCCCUCCGCAGCACCAUCGAGCACCUCCGCAGCACCGUCGCCGCCGGGGGGGAGGAGGCUGGCCCGGCCGCCCACCCCCUGCCGCCCCGCUGCCCCCGGCACCGAGAGCCCUACAGCCACUUCUGGGAGGCGGGGAGGGCGCUGCUGUGUUCCCGGUGCCUGGAGGACAGCGCCCAGGAGCGGGGGCAGGAGCCGCUCAGGACCAUCCCGGACGCUGUGGCUUCUCACAAGGAUGCACUGAAGGAAUUCCUGGGGAAACUGGAGGAGAAGGAGAGAAGAUUAACCGAGGUUCAAGAGAGACAGAAACGCAACAUCUCCGGAGUGCAGGAGACGUUUGUGACUGACUUAAAGCACGUUAAGCAGUGCUUCGCUGCGAUGCGCCAGUUCAUGGAGAGAAAGGAGCGAGGUUUGGUGGAAAAACUGGAGGCCAGGUCAGAAACCGUGACGAAGGAGAUGGAAGCGAGACUGGGUGAGAUCCAGGAAGCAUUGUCAUCUGUGACAGCAGAUAUUGGAAAGAGAAAAGAAGAGAUGGCAGAGGAGGAUGAUGUAAAAUUCCUGCAGGGACUGAGCAGUCUAGAGCUAAGGGGUCUGGAAGACUAUAAGGCACUUGAAGAUACAUCUGCAGACCCCUCGCUGGAAAUAUUGAAAGGCCCUUUGCAGUACAGUGUGUGGCAGCAACUGGGGAAAGUCAUCAAACCAGGGCUGACCCCGCUGACCUUUGACCCCGAAACGGCCAGCCCGUGGCUCCGUCUGACCCCCGACCUCACCGGCAUGGAGUGGGCUGCCCAGAGAGGCCCGGUGCCCGAAGACGACCCGCGGCGAUACGACCCGUGCCCGUGCGUCCUGGCGUCGCAGGGCUUUGACUCAGGGUGUCACUACUGGGAGGUGAGGGUGGCAGGCUGCGCCAGCUGGACGCUGGGAGUGGCGUCUGAACGAGUGCCCAGGUCGGGGGACAUCCUGCUGUCCCCUCUCAACGGCUACUGGACCAUGGGCCUGAGGCAGGGCAGCCGGUACAUGGCCUACUCUGUGCCGCUCAGGGAGCUGCGGCCCACCGUUGCCGGUGGCAACCGGCCCCGGGUGAUUGGCAUCUACCUGGACUACGGCGGUGGGCGACUCUCCUUCUAUGACGCCGACGGCCUGCGCCACCUCCACACCUUCCAGGGCUGCCCCUUCGAGGGGAGGCUCUACCCCUUCUUCAGCCUGGGCCACAACCGCGCAGGGGCCUCCCCCUCUGAGCCACUGCGGCUGCUCAACCCACUGGCUGCCCCUGCCCCCAGCGGUGGGGCAGAUGGGGAAGCCUGCCCCUGCACCCAGUGCCAGGCAGGGGAUAGUGCCACCAUCCCUGGCGGCGAGGGGGCCCACUUUCGCCAGUGCCCUCCUCCCGGGCCGGGCCCUCAGGCCUGGCUGUGCCUGGCACUGCUGUUGGCACUCGGGCUGCUGGCUCCCCGGUGGCUGGCAGAGAGCUACCUGGCCUGCUGUGCCAUGAUGGGGCUCGCGGCCUGGAGCUGGUGCCUGCUGGACAGCGGUGAGAGCCCGGCGGUAGAGGUUUGCCGGGCCUCCUGCGGGGUUCUGGCCUACGCCGGGCUCUGGUGCCAGGUGCUGGCCUACGCCUGGCACCUUGGGGCCUGCUGCCUAGCACUGAGCCUGGGCGGCCUGAUGUUGGCCCAUAGCACCCGCUCAGGCCUGGCGCUGGCUCCCGGCUCGAUGGCCCUGCUGGGGUUGCUGGGGCUGGCGGACUCCGAGGUGUGGUCCUGGUGGACGUGCUGUGGCCUGCUGGGAUACGCCGGGCUGUGUCUGACCGUGACGGGCCGCAAGCCCGGGGCCGAGAUCUGCUGGUGGUGCUGCGGUGUGCACGGCUACUUCGGCCUGUCCGUGCUGCUCCUGAGCGCCCGGCCGCUGACCGGCCUCUGCUGGGUCCUGCUGGGCGCCGCUGGGCUGGCCCUCGGGACCAUAGGCCGCUUUGGGAGCUGCUGGCUCUGGGCUGGCACGCUGAGUUACUGCAGCGCCUGGUCCCUCCUUCUGCCCCAUGCUCAGCUGGCCGCGGUCACUCUGGGCAUGGCUGGCUUUAUUUGGUCAAACUGGUCCCACCUCUUGCGUUAGACCCCGGCCUUGCCUCCCGCGCGCAGCUUGCUUGUCCUCCCUGUGUCCGCGUGGGUUUCCUCCGGGUGCUCCGGUUUCCUCCCGCAGUCCGAAGACAGGCGGAUUGGCCGUGAACAAUUGCCCCGCAGCGUGCAGGGAUAUGCAGGGGAGCCAUGGGAAAUGGCACGAUGCCAGGGAUAGGGUUGGUUUGGGUGGAAUGCCCUUUGGGAGGGGCGGUGGGGACCCGAUGGGCCAAAUGGCCUGCUUCCACACUGCUGGGAUUCUCCUCCUCCACCUCCUCACUAGGAAAGCCCCAACAUGGCCAAUUGAAUUUUCAUCUUAACCCAAUUAUUGCAUAUCUCUAGAGGAGAUGGGAUGUGAACUCAGGCCUCCUAGAUCUAAGAUAAGGACACUACCACUGUCUCACACCUUCCUCAGUGUCUCUUUUGUAUAGACUUCCCCCUGCCAACCCCAAAACAUCCGUGUUUUUUUUAUAUUUACAUUUUGUACAGUGAGAUGGAAAAGGAACACACCAUUUUGAAUCCGUGUCUUGUCUUUCCCUCCACCAUCAGGAGAACAGCUCUGUGGCCCACUGAACCUGAACAAGCACACCCUGGUCAAAGCAAUGCGGUCUUUAUCCCCCUCCUUCCUUCCCACCAACCACUCCCCCCCCCCCACUCAAAUCCAGAUUGAAGCAAUGACAGCAGCUAACUUCUGACGAUGCCCAUUCUCGUUGCCCGCUCCCCCCAUGGAGACUCACACUCAUGUCCAGCCCUGCAACGACCACCUUCCAGCCACAAUCCGAUGUUAGAUGGCUGCGCUCUCACACUACUCCUCCUGUAGCUCAACAAAGAGGAGUCCGUCAGAGUUGUUUCCCCCUUCGAACGCCAUACCUUGUUGAAAUAAAGAAAUGUCACAGGGUCACACAGCACCGAAACAGACCCUUCGGCCCAACCAGUCCCUGCCGACCAUGUUCCCGAACUAAAUUGGUCCCACCUGCCUGCGUUUGGCUCAUAUCCCUCCAAACAUUUCUUGUCCAAAUAUAUUUUUUAAACGUUGCGACUGUACCUGCAUCCGCCACUUCCUUAGUUAGUUCAUUCCACACGUGAACCACUGCGUCACGUCAUUUUAAAUCUCUCUCCUCUCACCUUAAAAAUACGCCCCCUAGUUUUGAAGUCCCCCACCAUGGGGACAAGACAUCUGCUAUUCCCCUUCUCCGUGAUUUUAGAAACCUCUAUGAGGUCACCCCUCAACCUCCUAGGCUCCAGGGGGAAAACAGCCCCAGCCUGUCUUUAUAACUCAAACCUUUGCGUACCCGGCAACAUCCUGGGAAAGCGUUUCUGAACUCUCUCCUGCUCAAUACCCUCGGCGUAAUUUUUUCUUUUCAAUAUUUCCAAUCCAUUCACAGGAAUGCCAGGCCAGCACUGAUUGUCCAUCUGGAAACUGUGUCCAGAAUCUCCACGUCACUCUCGAACCCCCCAGCAACGUGCCCGACUCUUCACCUAAUUCGGGACGGGCAGUUGGCGCUGGCUGAGCCAGCCACGCCCACGUCCUGAGAGUGAAUUGGAACCGAAACCAUUUGUAAAAGACGAUUUUUAAAAAAAUUAACAGGGUCUGGAGUCGCGUGGAAAGCACACACCAGGUGUAGUUGGGAGAUCCCUCCCCCAAAAAUUAGUGGUGAAUCACAAAGGUUUUUUUUUUGUCUUCAGAAACCCUGGCAAGUGUUUUAAUUGGAGAUUUUUAAACCUGCCAUGGUGGUAUUUGAACCCAAGUCCCAGAACAUUCCCCAGGUCAGUAGUUAGUGAUAAUACCAAAUCUCUUAAUUUGUUUGUCAUCAAACUAUGUGUAAUGGUCAAAUAAUCAAAGUGCAUUCAUUACAUGGAUUUUUAGUUCUAUCAAACUGUAUUGAAACCGAUAGCAACACAUCCUGUUUCUUUCUGUGAAAUAGCAACUGGACUGUGCUGAUGUAAUUUAAUAUCGGCCGUUACUGCCAAGUCAGUCAGGAUAGUCUGGGACGGGUAAACCCUCAAACUAUCAAGUGAUGAAAGGUUUGGGUGGGAGUUAAAAGAGCCCGUUGUGCAGGUAGGACCACAGCCAGGUUUUGAGCCUCCUGUGUUGUGUCCUCAAUUACUUCAACAUUUUAACUUGCUCAGAAAGAGCGAUCACUCUCUUUUUUUUUCCCCCAAUCUGCGACAAUCCUAUGCAUCACCUUGCCUCUGCAAACUCAGGUGUCGCUCUGCAUUAGUUUCAUAGCUGGACAGGUCCUUUGGUCUGACUGAUGAUCAGCAUGCAACCGUUGAAGAUACCCUGCAGUCAUUUAUAAGUGCAUCCUCUGAACUUUGCAAUAAUUGUUUAUACGUGGAAUUUAUGCAUAAAUGUCUUUGUUAAA